AUGGAUAUCGAUCCGGUCAGAAGAAAUAAGAAGCCCCGGCUCUUGUUAGAGUCGGAGCGCGAUCGUCUAGAUGAAUUCAUCGACUCCAUCCACUACUCGGCAAGAUAUUCGGACGACAAAUUCGAAUACCGUCAUGUGCAGCUUCCCAAGAACAUGCUUAAGAAGAUCCCCUCAGACUACUUUGACAGCUCGAAAGGCACUCUGAAACUGUUGUGGGAGGAGGAAUGGCGAGCAUUGGGAAUAACACAGAGUUUGGGAUGGGAACACUAUGAGGUGCAUGAGCCGGAGCCUCAUAUUCUCUUAUUCAAACGGCCUCUGAAUUACCAGCCGCCAAUGGCACAAUAG